UGCAGCUCUCCUUUCCACCAGGUACAACAUGCAGAUAAGACCCCGAAUAUAAAAACUGAGGACAACUCACUUCGCCACACUUGAGUGGAAUUCUACAGAUUUCGCAAUGCGGUGGCAAUUCAGAGUUGCCGUCAUUCUCGGCUUGUUGGCCCUUACUCUGGCCGGUCCCCUGAAAAAGAGGGUUCGUCAUGCAAGAUCCUCUGAAAAGACCUUCUUCCCCGAUUACUUUCUGCCGCCACCUGUUCCGGUUCCCGUACCUGGACCCCCGGUGGCUGUGCCUGUACCUGUGCCCGUUCCAGUACCAGGCCCUCCGGUACCCGUUCCGGUGCCACCACACUUCCCUUACCCACCACCACCUUUCCCUUACCCUCCACCACCUUUCCCUUACCCACCUCCAUUCUACUACGACGAAGCUGAUGGCAAGCCAGCGGAAAAAGAUUUUAACACCGAAAUCAAGGAAGAUUGAAGUUUCGAAAUUGCGAUUUCAAAUUGUGUUUGACGAUUACAAAUAAACAAUUGAUUGCUUUGUAAAAAAAAA